ACGCAUCCAUACUACCUUACAAAUUUUGUAAUGCAUAAUUAUAUUAGUAGGUUUAUUCGAAAUCGUAAAAUUAUGUCGCCACAUUGUCAAAAUAAUUCUAAAUCUAUAUUUUAAUAACUUGACUCGUAUGCCUCAUCUGACCACCGACUGAUUGACUCAAAGAACCACAAGUAUAAGAAGUGGAAAAUGUUUUUUUGUGAUUUUCACUUCGCUCUAAAGGUUCGCACAAUUUAAUUUAUUUGUUUGAAUAUGGAUCAAGCGAAAGAAUUCAGGAAUCGUGGCAAGUGGGGAGGUGUAAUUCAUGCCUACCCCUCCGGAAAACAGUUAUGAUUUUAUAUUUUGUAUAUAUUUAUUUAUUUAUGUAUGUAUGAAUUAAUUUGUUUUGAAGACAGAAAAUCCUACAGACAUUGAUUGUAUUGGUAUCCUCUUUACCAAACGAAAUUUCGCGGUAAAAUCAAAUUGUUUAACAUUUUCAACACGAAUGCACCACACGUUUCACUUCGGUUUUGUCCGUAGACGCGCGGAAGUAAUGUGCAAUGAAUGUGUAUACUCUUCUGGUAUUAUAAAUCUCGUGAGCAUUGUUCUGUUUAUCGGCAUUUCCUUAAGGCCGUGCGCUGCGUUAAGCGGGUGCACGGCGCGGGCACCCGCGCGGCGUGAUGUUUCAUGUAAAUUCAUAGAGCAGCGCUGCGUAAGGCGGAACGCCCGUCACACGCGGCGCGGGCGACGGGGGUACGCUCGCGUGUCCGUGCGACGGAGCACGCGAGCGGAGAUGUUUCUAGAAAAUCAGUGAGCGCCGCUGCGUUAUCCGUGUCGCACGCGCCGUGCUUGUACAAUCAAGUUGAUAAACAUGAGUGAUAUUGAUACGGAACGUGUUAUUUUAGAAGUGCAAUGUCGCCCCGCUUUAUGGGAUCUGUCUAACAACUUGUAUAAAGACAGGGAUGCGCGUCAAGCUGCAUGGCUCGAGAUUUGUAAAGAAUUAUACGAAAAUUAUGAGGACUUCAGUGACACAGAAAAAAAGUCAACAGAAAAAAAAAUACAAGCGCGAUGGAAAACCGCGAGAGAUUGCUAUACGAAAGUCAAAGCUAGUAACAAGAAACUUAAGUCUGGUUCUGGUGCUAAAAAAGGAAAAGGGUACAGCUAUUAUAAUAUUAUGACUUUUCUGGACUCUAACAAAAGAGUAGAAGGACAAGAAUCUUUGGAAAAUUCUCAGGACGACUCUUCGGGUCAUACAAGUACACUUGAAUUGUCCCAACACCCAAUAGUUGACACUAGUGAGGUGUUAAUACCUGAGACCAGUACAUCUGGAAAUGAAAAUGACACAGCAAGCAGAGAAACGCAAAAACAAUCAAAGCGUAAAAAGGCGUCGUCGCCGACUCCUUUUGAAAUACAAUUAUUACAAUCCAUACAACACAAAAAGGACGAAGAAAAUGAUGAAGACUUGUCAUUUUUUAAAUCUAUUAUGCCAAACAUAAAAAAAUUGUCUACAUAUCAAAAAUUAUUGUUUCGAUCAAAGGUAUUAAACUUAUUAAUUGACAUUGAAAAAGAAAAUGUUAUUACAUUGGAGGAUUUAUCGAACAUCGUACUGACAAAUGACACUCAAGCAGAACAUUAAUCCUAUUAUCAAUUAUUUACUGCAUUUAUACUCUAUUUGAAGAAAGACAAAGAUUGGAAGUAGCCUUAUAAUAUUGUUAAUUAUGAUAAUUACAAUGACUGUGAUUUUGAUUUACUUUACGUAUGUACCUACACUACCAAAUUGUUAUACUUAGUUCUCAUUAAAGUAAUUGUAGAUUAAAAUAUUGUUAAUUAUAAUAAGUGAUAAAU